AUGGUGCGCCCACGCGCCUCCCGGUUACCGGCGAAGCGCGCCGCCAGGGGCCGAUCACCGCCCCCGGCCGCCGUCCCUGCCAACUGUCAGUCACGCGUCCGCUCCCAGCCCACCAACCCCGCGGGCGACAAAGGCGCGCUGGGGCACCCUGCCUGGGCCCGCCUCCGGCAACGCUGGGCCGAGACGGGAAAAUCGCCGUGCCCGCUCCUGAGUUCCAAAGCGCACUUACACAGGCCCGUGGACGUGGAACACAAGCUGGUGGCAGGAGAAAGGUCAGCUGACCAAGGGCACUGUCACCUUUUGAGUGCUGGAGAUGUCCAGCCCAGUCUGGCCUGGCGGCAGUCUCGUCUGCAUCCCACAGAUGUUUCCUGGGGCCCACGGCCAUGGACCAACACACCUUCCCUCAUCCAUCUGAUGCCUCACAAGUGGGGGCAGUUCCCCCAACAGCACCUCCCCCGUGGUCUGGGCACUGUCAACAUUCUUCUCCGGAACUGGGUGUGGACACUUCGCCACAUGUGGGAAGUCAUGUCCCCCCAACUUCUGGGUGGUGAAAGAAUCUCCUUCCAACCCUGGGAUGCCACCUCCCUGCUAGCUCCAAUGGGCGCUGCUUUUUCCUCCACUCUUCUUGGCCACUGCUCUUGGGGAGAGGCAGCGGGAGCAGUCGCUGCCUGGUGACGGAGCCUGACUGAGGCUCCAGCCUCCUCUGCAUCUGACCCUUCUCAGGGUCCUCAAACCAACA